AGCUUCCUUUAACAGCUUCAGGGGACAGGGGAUGAUCAAGUAAAAGAAAGGACUUGACGAACGCACCGGAGGAAGAUGAAAAUAGCCCGAUCGACUAGCUGAGAGUACACUGUUUUGCUGGAAUAUACAUACAUGCACAUGGUUUUUUGAGAGCUGAUGCGAAACCGUUGAGGGGCUCUUGGGUGAGAAACAGGAUGCCAAGUUAUCAACCUUGGUACCAUGGUAAUAUAACUCGAAGCAAAGCUGAGGAUCUACUCUCCAAAGCUGCAAGAGAUGGAAGUUUUCUCAUCCGGGACAGUGAGUCCGUACAGGGCGCGUAUGCCCUCUGCGUUUUAUACCAGAAGUGCGUGUACACAUACAGAAUCCUGCCAAACGAGGACAAAAAGCUCUCUGUUCAGGCGUCCGAGGGAGUCCCUAUUAGAUUUUUCACAAUGCUGCCUGAGCUGGUGGAGGCGUAUUACAGCCCCAACCUGGGUCUGGUCACACAUCUGCAGUACCCCAUCCAGAGGGAGGAGGACGCAGACGAGGAUCCAGAGUCCAACCACCAUCCGCCGCAGCUCCCCCCCAGGAACUUCACGGCUGAUGCCAAAGAAAAUGAAUGCAAGACUAGUGAGCAGAGCAGCAAGUCUUUAUCAGACACCUACCUGAUGAGACUGCAGCAUAUGGACUUGUCUAUAUUAUCGGAGGAGCAUCAAAUGGUCAUCCAGGAAUAUUUCAGGUCAUCCCUCUGCUUAGAUGCCGAGCAAGCACAGAACGGCAACCCUAACCUCCCUGGCCUGAAGAAGCUGAUCAUUUCAAUCUGCAAAAAUCUAAACAGCGAAAUUUGCCGAGUCAUGCCAGCGCUGGACAUCCUUCACCGGGCGUUGGAUCAGCAGCUCUCCCCGGGGCUCGGACCCCUUUGCAAACAAAUUUUAGCCAAUUCAAGUCACUCUAUAUCCUACAGACUUGAGGAGCUGACGAAAUUGCUUUACUCGAUAGAGGAUAAGGCUAAAAGUUCUGUUUUUGAGUCAGUUGGAUACGACGGCGGUCACAGGAACUCUCUUAUACCUGUCGUUACGUUUGAGGCCAAGCAAGAAUCCCUUGGUAUUUCCACAAAAAUCUUCCUGAAAGUUGAUGUCGAAGGUGGAAAGCUGUACUUCAAGAAGUCCAAAGAUGGGCCAGAGGACAAGUACUUUGUGCACAAUAAAAUCCUCCAGCUGGUGAAGUCCCACAAAGUGCAUGCCAAGCUUGUGAUUGUGGUAGAGACGGAGAAAGAGAAGAUUUUGCGUAAGGAGUAUGUGUUUGAUGACACGAAGAAAAGAGAGGGCUUCUGUCAGCUGCUUCAACAGAUGAAGAACAAACACUCAGAGAAGCCUGAACCAGAUAUGAUCACCGUGUUUGUUGGCACAUGGAACAUGGGAAACGCCGGUCCUCCCCCCAACAUGGACUCCUGGUUUCAGUGUAAGGGCCAAGGAAAGACGCAGGACGACACCGCAGACCACAUUCCACAUGAUCUGUAUGUCAUCGGGUCUCAGGAGGAUCCUCUGGGGGACAGGGAGUGGACUGAGACUUUGAAAAGUGUCCUGAGGAACAUCACCAACAUCAGCUUUAAGCAGGUGGCGAUUCACACGCUGUGGAGCAUCCGGAUCGUAGUGCUAGCCAAGCCCGAGCACGAGAACAGGAUCUCCCACAUUUUUUCCGACAGCGUGAAGACGGGGAUCGCCAACACCUUGGGAAACAAGGGGGCAGUGGGAGUGUCGUUCAUGUUCAAUGGUACGUCUUUUGGCUUUGUCAACAGUCACUUGACCUCUGGCAGUGAGAAGAAGCUGAGACGGAAUCAAAACUACACCAACAUCCUACGCUUUCUGAAUCUGGGAGACAAGAAGGUCAACCCGUUGGACAUCACGCAUCAAUUCACGCACCUCUUCUGGCUUGGAGAUCUGAACUACCGCGUUGAAUUACCGUCUACAGAAGCUGAGAACAUAGUGGCGAAGAUCAAACAGCAGCAGUACCAGGAACUCCUCAGUAAAGACCAGCUCAACAUGGAGAGGAAAGAGGGAAAGGUCUUUUUGCAUUUUGAGGAAGAGGAAAUCACAUUUGCACCCACAUAUCGUUUUGAGAGGGACACACGGGAGAAGUACGCCUACACGAAGGCUAAGGCCACGGGGACAAAAUACAACUUGCCAUCAUGGUGUGACCGUGUGCUGCGGAAGUCCUACCCCCUGGUUCAUGUUGUCUGCCAAGCAUACGGGUGCAGUAAUGACAUCAUGACAAGUGACCACUCACCAGUUUUUGCAUCAUUUGAAGUUGGAGUUGCCUCCCAGUUUGUCUCAAAGCAAGAUCCAAACAGUGCAUCACAAGGCGGAAUACAAAUCAUGAACUGCUUGGCCAUUUUGUCGACAAAAUCAAAGACCAAGUUCUUCAUCGAAUUCCAUUCCAGUUGCUUGGAAAAAACUAUGAAGACUUCAGAAGGGGAGAACACAGAACAAUCGGACGGCUCCAUAAAGGUUUGGUUUGGCAACCAAGUUGAGCUCACCCCGAUCAUCUCUGACCCUGAGUACCUGUUGGACCAGCACAUCCUCAUCUGUGUAAAGUCAACAGAUUGUGAUGAAUCGUACGGAGAGGGCUGUGUUGCGCUCCGAGCCGCCCAGUUUUGCUACAGAGAGUUUCAGAUCACACUGACUCAUCAUGGAGAGAAGACGGGCACGCUGACAGGUGGCAUCCAGUUACGCACCUCUGAGGGCACGCCCACCAAGAAGUUGUAUGAUUUCAUCAAAAUUGAAAAGGAUGACCCCAUCCCCUCCACAAGCAAAGGUGGAGACCUCAAAAGGUCUUCUGCCGCCCAAACCCAUGAUAUUUCUAACCCGAAUUACAUGGGACUUUCAUUCAAAAUGGGGAAUAUAAUGGAUAAGGGAUGGAGUUACAGCAUGCCACCACGAAACCUUCCUGGUCCUGUGCAAGUGGGUAAAGAGUCAAAGAAGGCCGGGUAUGAUUUCGGCACACGCAGUCCCCCAGCAACAGUGGGCACACCGGGUGAGGAUGAAAGGUCGUCAGAGAUGUUUGACAAUCCGCUGUAUGGUGCCAUGCUAAAACCACACGGUCGGGCCAAGGAUCAAGACCAGCAACAGACAGACCAUCUUGCACCUGCAGAUGCAGCAUUUUCAUCCUCCAAAGCAGCAGAAGGAGAACCAGAACGUCCCCCGUUGCCCACUCCACGCAACCGCUCUUUCACCUGUUCUGACAGCAAACCGCAGCCCCCUGUCACCACGCACCUCUCUGCUCACAAGAAACCAGUGGUGCCCUCUCGUUCGGAGGGUGCGAUGGGACACGCCCGGCCUCCUCUGCCCGCUAAGUCUCGGCCAGAGACACAGAUGACCAAACCAGCCAGAGACUACAGAGAAAGCUCGGAGCUCCCCAGCAAACACAGACUGCCAGCAAGACCUGGUCAGCCACAACCUCACAUGCAUCCAGACGUCCCCAAGACUGGUCGUCCUGUGAACUGAGACUAGUCUCCAGCGAUGGUCAGCUCUAACAGAACAGCUUCCAGGCAUUUCUUCUGGAAAAACAACAAGACUGAACAGCUAUUAUUUUGCAUCACUGAUGAUUACCAACUCAUUGUUUCUUCCACUUGGGGAAAUACUUUUAUUUUGUUUAUAGUUGAGAGUGCGCUGUUUCAUGCUACUAAAGCAAUAUAGUUACCUUAGCACUGGCCAAGAGGCAACAAUAUCCUCUUACAUCAUUGGAAGUUUGGAGAGGAGGUUUUUAACAGAAGCUAUUUUUGGUUGCUUUCUGCAAAUUUGCCACUAGAUGUCACUAGACUGCGAUUUCUUUUUUCCUUUUUCUUUUUUCAUUGCAUGAAAACCAGGGACAAACUUUCAGACUUGAUUUCUGCUUAGCUUGUCUUUAAACCUAGAUUAGGAAGUGAUCUCUGCUUGCAAAUGAUUUUGACUUCUCGUAAAAUUUUACACUAUAAUGUGGCAAACGAAUGUUAAGUGCAUCGUAUCAUUUUGCACAGUUAUUGUCAUGUUUGCCUUUAAAAUGUACAAUAAAGGUCCAAACAUG